CACCAUCGCUACAUUCACUACCUUUCACUGCCAUUCUCUGCAAGUUUUGAUCAGUCGCUAAUUAAUCGCACUGACUGCAUUGCUAAUCUCUCUGUUAUGCAAUUAAUUUCCACUCGAAAUUGAUUUAUUGAUUUAUGGCUCUUCCUAAAUCAAACCCUAGGGUUUCAGCGUCCAUGAAGAUGAAAAGGGUCUCUGAUGCUUUGAAGCCUCAGAAAACAGCCAUGGCCAAGAGAGGCUCCACUCUGAAGAAUAAGGCCGGCCGACUCUCGAAGCUGUGCGAUAUUGCCGUUUACAUGAUCGCUGUUGGUGCCGACGGCAAGAUCAACGCUUGGCCGGAAAACCAACAAGAUUUGAAAUCAGUUCUACUCAAGUACAAAAAUCUGAAGAGGGGUUUCAAAGAUGGAAUUGAAAAGGGUCUGUUCUCCGUCGAAAAGGGUUUCUUGGAAAUUGUUGAUGAUCGAGAAAAUCGGGAUUUGGGUAUUCAAGAUAAUUGCUUGGGGGCUAAGUUGGAGUCUUUGAAUGAGAGGAUCGGAGCUGUGACGAUGAAGAUGAUGAGGGAUGACGGUAAGUGCAGUUUCAUGGACUUGUACAAGAAUAUCAUGGAACCAGAUGCAGCAGAUCAACAACAACUAUCAUCUCUUAAUCUUAAUUUGAAUCUUGAUCCAACUGAUCUCGUCGUACCCACACCCAAACCCAAUUUAAUUGGUGAGAUUAAUUUGAAUCUUGAUCCAGAAGAACCACAAGAGCAGCCGCAGCCGCAACCACCUUCUGUGCCAAGUGUGGAAAUUAGUGAUGAUGAUAUGAAGUUGCUAUUGAGUGAUUGUGAGAUUGGUUUGAUGGAAGAUGAUAUGCAGUUUUGUGAUAAUCUUGAUGAUUAUGAGCCAACUGUGGAUACUAUUUAUGAUUUUCUCAGUUGGGUAUUGGGUGAUGAAGAUCAAAAUGAUAAUGGUGCAAUGGAAGAUGAUGUGCAACCUCAGAGUACUAAUCAUAUUACUGAUGAUGAGCAUGAUGACAUUAGGUUGCUGUUGACUGAUUGUGAGAUUGGUUUGAUGCAAGAAGAUUUGCAAUUCUGUGACAAUGACUUGAGUGAUUUUUUGGGGGCGCCUCUUGAAACCAUGUUGCUACAAGACCCACAACAUCACCCUCAUUCCGAGUUAAAUCUUAAUUUCUAGUCUUCAUCUGUAAUUUUAUGUUUUUCAGUAGCUUAGGUCAAAAUCUGUUGUUUUUCUGUUUGGUUGAUUGGAUGGCCAUCUCAGUAUCAAUCCUUAUCAACCAAAAUCUGAUGUAUAUUCUGCAAUAGUUUGGCACUUAAUGAAGACCAGAUUAUAGAAUUCAA